AUCACGUGAUUUGAAAAAUGACGUAAUUGUAUCAACAAGAAAGACAAAAGUCAGCGAAAAUGGAUGAAGGCUAUGAGAAAAAGCCUCUUCUGUCACCAGAAGAAGAGGCAACAGGUGGAGGAGGAAUGGAUCUACCGCCUGCAUACGAGCCACCUAAGAAACCUGUGGUACUAGUAACUCCUAUUCCAGCUGCAGCAAUGCCACUGCCUACGUACGAACAAUCAGAGAAAUUUGAGAAGGAUGGUGUGUUGGAAAUACCAGAGGGUCCGGAUGGGACCAUAAGGUUUGUCUCUCAACGCAGGGUCUUGGGAGAGUCAGGAUCGACUUGCGAAUUUGUCGUUUUCUUUUUGGUUUGUUUCUUCUUCUCGUGGUUGGGCUACCUCAUCUCGUGCUGCCUUGCAACAACACUGGCCGCUCAGUCGGGAGCUGCUGCUGGUUUGGGACUUUCACUAGUUUUUAAGACCAUCUUUGUCGAGUUUCAACCAGAUUACCUAACUGGAGCAGUUCACUCCCUCUGCUCUGAUGAUGCUUAUUACUACGGGGAAGACUCUGUCACGUGGAACAGCUGUGCUAAGCGCUAUUACUCAUUCCUCCGUCUCUUCUUCUGGAUACUAGGAUUCAUGGGUCUAUUCAUGUUUGCUCGUGGUAUCUCAGUUUUCUGUCAGUCUCGUCCAAGAAGAAACCCAAAUGAAAUAAGCAAUGCUUGAACUGCUCCCUCCCCUCCACAAUAUAAUGAUAAUCUCAGAACACAUGAUUUUGAUUUUGCACUAACUCUCCUCCUAUUAUUAAGUGUGACUGUACAUGUGCAUGUCCUUCAUAUAUUAUACAUGUGCAUGUACGUGCUUAUAGCAUGAAUGAGCCUUAUUUGUAAUUAUAGCUCUAAUUUUUUCUUGUUAUUGUAAUCCUCGUUAGUUUAUCACGCAGUUUUGUAUUAAAAAA